AUGGCAGCUGACGGCCGGUCGACUUACCCAACUGCGCAUGAGCCCCGGACGGCAGAAUUCCACCCGACCGUAUGGGGAGACUUCUUCAUCACCCAUGUCUUCCAUUCCGAAGAGUCGGUUAGCGGCUGGAACCAGCAGAUUGAAUCGCUGAAGGAAGAGGUGACGGUGAUGCUAUCCGCAACCGACGGCAAACUGUCCCAAAAGUUGAACCUAAUCGAUACGAUCGAGCGGCUCGGAAUCGGCUACCAUUUCGAAGCAGAAAUCGACGACCAGCUCCGUCAAGUCUUUGACCUUUAUCCAAACCUGUCAAACAGUUCUGCAGAGCUCUCCGCCGCAGCGCUCCAUUUCAAGCUGCUCCGUCGUCGCGGUUACAACGUGUCAAGCGACACGUUCAGCAAAUUCCUCACGGCGGGUGUUGGCGGGAAGCAAAUUUUUAAGAAAGAGCUGGGAGAUGAUGUCGAAGGGAUGCUCUGUUUUCACGAAGCUGCACAACUGCGAGGGGCAGGGGAGGAGAUGUUGGAAGAAGCUAUUGGAUUCACAACGGCUGGGCUGAAGUCCAAGAUGCAGGCCGCUAGCGACGGGGGUGAUAAUUGGGCCCAGGCCCAGACCCUGCCUCUUUGGGAGCGGGUGGGCCGGGCUCUGAACGGGCCCAAGUGCGUGACGAGGCAUGAACAGCUGCUCUACAUCUCCUGCUACGAACGAGAAGUUGGCGGCGGCGGCCGCGAUUCAGCGGUGCUGCUCAGCCUGGCCAAGUUGAGUUGGAACGUGGUGCAACAUUUGUACCACCAAGAGCUAAGACAUCUUACCGAGUGGUGGAUUGGAUUGGACUUUGCGGCAAAGCUAAGCUUUGCUCGAGACAGAUUGGUGGAAAUUUACUACUGGGCUUUCGGAGCCAUAUGGGAACCGAAAUUUUCGAGGGCCAGAUGCUUUGUCACCAAAAUUUUGGUUCUUACGUCAGUGGCUGACGACAUAUAUGAUGUGCGUGGCGAAAUUGAUGAGCUCGAGCUUUUCACGACCACGGUUGAGAGAUGGGACACGAGUAUGAAGGAUCUCCCAGAUUACAUGAAAGUGUUUUUUGAGGCAAUUGUUGGUGUCGUUAACGAAAUAUGCACAAUUACUACCACGGAAGGCAGAUCAUAUUGUUCUGAGUAUCUGAAGGAAGCGGAAAAGAAUCAGAUGAGGGCAUACCUUGCGGAAGCAAGGUGGUACGCCAACGGAGAGGUGCCGAGUGUGGAGGAUUAUAGGCGCAAUGGUGUAUAUACUGCUACCUACCCUUUGAUUAUAUGUGCUUCCCUUUGCGGGAUGGGUGAAAAGGCACCAUUAGAAGUGUUCGAUUGGUUGUUUCAAGAUCCCAAAAUUUUAGUUGCUGUAUCCGAUCUCGGACGCUUAAGCGACGACGUCGUUUCACAUGAGUUCGACCAGAAAAGGGGACAUGUCGCGUCAUCAGUUGAAUGUUUCGUGAAUCAGUACAACGUGUCAAAAGAUGAAGCAGUUGAUGCAUUGGAGAAAAUGAUGGAGACUGACAGGAAGGAUAUUAACCAGGAGAGUCACAACCUGCAUGGCUUUGUGUCUAACGAAGUGCUCUCCAUGUUCCUUGGUCUCGCAAGGGAUACCGAUGUCAUGUAUCAGGAUUUUGAUAGCUAUACUCUGUCGGACACCGUCACCAAGGAUACACUCACUGAUUUGCUAGUCACUCCCAUGCGUUGAUCUACUUACGUGCCCCCUCCCCCCAUUAGUAGGUUGGUACGUCAAACCAGCGUGAGAUUGUUGGAAUGGAUGAAUUUGAAAUGUGCGAGUCUUUAAGAAUAAAAAAAAUGUUGUUGUUGG